ACAGAGGUCACAGUUUGUUUUCAAAAUAGGGCAUCCACGAGGCAUUUGGACAAGUCCAACCUAAUGAGCAGCAGCGGUGGCAUCCUCCAACAGCGACAACGGGAUGCACCAGUACCUCAAUGGCUCCACAGUCACGUGCAAGUACUCAGCGGAAUUCCGUGGUUUGGUCUAUAAGGUCAACCCGCAUGACUUGUCGUGCGUGUACAAGCGCAUGUUCGAGAUGUGCGCCACGAACGCACUGCGCGACCUUGGGGUAAAUGAGUGGCUUUACAAAAUGGCGACGGAUUUUGGAGUGCCAGAGCGGAUAUGUGCGUCACCGGUGGAAACGGAGAAGCGUCAUGUGGCGUCAAGAGUAUCAUUGAUGCAGAGCAACUUAGUGGGCGUUCCCAUCUUUUAUCCUGCCGAGGCCAACAAAGAAACGAAACAUAUACAGGGAUGGCAGACCUGCCAACAAACUCAUUCUUCCUCCUCGUUGCCCGAGCACCGCCCAAUGGUGGCGAACCUCUCCAAAAAGGAGAAACAUCGCAGCCAAUCUGCACUGGGAAAACUCGAAUGCGGCGGGAAAGAUGAACGCCCCCGCCCCGUUCGUGCUAAUAGCGUGCAGUGUAGGAAAGCCAUGUCGUCCGAGGUGAUCAGCAAUAAACAAGAAACCCCCCAAAACCUGAACACCCACACCUUCACCCUUGGAACCACGCCACAGAUCAGCUACCGGUUCCGUCACCAUGACGACCUUGACUGCUACAUGGAACAAUAUAGGGACCAGUACACAUACAAGCGCUUGGCUCUGAUAAGACCCAACAUGAACGAGAUGCGUCCAUACCAGAUUACCCUCCCUGUACCCCCUCUCCUUCGGUGUUUUGACAUGUUUGGGUGUAUCCAGCCACCCCCGGGCUGCGGGCCCCGGAUGAGCGUCAGUCGCCUUUCGGCCGCCGGUAGCACCCCUACAGGCCGGACCACGCCCAAAAUGCAGGCAAAGAAAAAACUGAUCAAGGCGUCGAUAGGAAUAAAGUCUCCCGAAAGCCGCCCCGAAAGACAGACGUCCAACGUGCUGGCAGCCGAAAACGGCAUCCUCAAGAUGGAGUUCCAGGGGCAACCACUGCCACAUGUUCAGCCGCCUACAACACAAACACUGACCAGCGGCCGGAAGUCUUCCACCAGUGUGUACAGCGACCCCUGUCUGUCGUCUGUCUCUGUCAACAACAUCAAAAUCCCCAUCGUCUGCCGCACCAGGCCCACCAUCCCCAGCAACGCCCACGGCACAAUCUACGCCUCUUCCACGGAGACCCCGACAUACGUUGUCUCUUACCACAAGAACAAAUGAUGUUUGUGUAAUGCCUCGGUGCAUCUGUGUUCUCACAGGACGACCUUUUGACACGAGGCUGUAUAAGGGGUCUACUGUGGCUGGUCCACGGGCUGUGGCUGUCGCUAUACAGUGAGGUUGCCGUGCAGAAAUGUGAACUGACAAAUACUGCAUGGCCACACGUUUGAGCCAUUGCCUAUGGAAAAUACGCGAUCAGUUAUCAACACGGUGUUAAACCCGCAAGGCAUUAUCAACUUACUUGAUCUCUUAUAAUCCUCGAACUAACGGUUUGAUCCGAUUCCCUAUACACGUGAGAAGUGGAAUUUGCUAUAGCUGGUCCAGCAUAUGUCAUCAUUCCAAGGUGAUGUUUUCCGGGAUACUGUGAUAGCCAUGACGGCGCUCAAUAUUCCAGCAGGAACCAUGACGUGUAUGAGACUGUACGUUAAUGUAUUCUUGCAGUAGUGUGUGUCCCACACAAACAUAACAACACGGACCUUGAAGAAGAAACUUUAUCUCGGUGUAUUGAAGAGAUCAGUCGAUGUUGACAAACUUUCGUUUUGUCGUAAACACUUGAACGGUGUGAUUUUACGUGCGCUUCCAGCUAAUGCCCCUGUGACUACCUUGAUAAGGGUUAUGUUUUUGCAAUGUUAUAUCAAUGUGCAUUUUGGCACAUUUCCAAAAGGCAAUCGUAGCUCUGUGAGUCUCACCUUCGAACAAUAGAUGCAUGCAAAAGUCA